UGACUGGACAGCGCCGUCUUAUUUAAACAUAUGCCGUAUUUUUUAACGGAAGUGAUUUAAAAACAUCUUUUAUGUGUGAGCGAGAGGCCGAAAAGGCUGCUUUUACUGAAAUACUCGCAUACGUGUGGCACCCACCGCGUUUCCCUAAACCGCUGAAGCAGAGACGGCAUGGACAUCCUUCGCUUACGCUUAACGGUGCUGGGCAUCUUCAUGGUUUCUGCCAUUGGAGAGCAGAAAAUCAUCACAGCUGAGUCUGGAGAGAACGUCACUCUGACAGGUCGAGCUCCAAACAACAACAAACCCAUCAUAGUUGUUGAGUGGAGCAGAGCUGACCUGGGAAAUGAAUAUGUCCUUCAGUACCCGGAUGAUCAGUUGGAUCCAGAACACCAGCAUCCAUCCUUUAAGAACCGGGUGGAUCUGCAGGACAGACAGAUGAAGGAUGGAGACGUGUCUGUGAUUCUGAAGAACGUGACGAUAAAUGACACUGGAACAUACGAGUGUCGUGUUGUUCAGAGAAGAAAAAAACACAGGAAGCGAGCUCUUCCGGAUGGUGAACUCAUCAGCAGCAUCUACCUGAGAGUUGUUGCUCCUCCAGAUCAGGAAACAAUCACAGCUGUGCCAGGACAGAACAUCACUCUGACAUGUCGAGCUUCAAACAACAACAAUAAAAUCAUACUGGUACAGUGGGACAGAGCUGACCUGUCAAAGAAGGUUGUUGUGUAUCGUGGUGAUUAUGUUCCAGAGGAGCAUCCAUCUUUUAAGAACCGGGUGGAUCGGCAUGACGGAUGGAUGAAGGGUGGAGACGUGUCUGUGAUCCUGAAGAACGUGAUGAUUAAUGACACUGGAACAUACAAGUGUCGUGUCCUCAUGGAAGGAACGAGCUCAUUGGAGCUCAUCAGCACCAUCACUCUGAGAGUUGCUCCUCCAGGUCCAAGAGGAGGAACCACAGAGGAUGGAGGGAAGGAGGAUGGACAGAAGGAGGGUACAUCUGUUGGACUGAUCAUUGCUCUGUCAGUUGCUGCUCUGGUUGUUGUUGUUGCUGCUGUUGUUGGUUUUCUGAUCUACAGAAAAUGUAAUCGAGGUUCCUCUCAGCCUCCUGAUAAUAAGCAGAGUUCUGAAAUGUCUCCAGUGUAUUUACAGGUGAGCAGUGAGUCUCCUGAUCCAGACUAAGUUGUCAGUAAAUUCAGGGAAAGAAGGAUGAUGAUGUUGCUGUCACAAUGAUCGGCUCCACAGUAACUGAUUUCAUGUUUGUUAAACUCGGUUUUACUUCAGUGUUUUUGUUUGUUCGAUCUCACUGAGCCAGCUUUGCUUGAUAAUCACCCAGCAGUGAACAUCAAACACACUGAAUUAUUCAUGUAUUUAUUUAAUAGGAUCCGUUAUACCAGAGGUCCCCAACCCCUGGGCCGCGGACCGUUACUGGGCUGCACUGAAAGAAUAAAUAACUUAUAUUAUUUCUGUGUUAUUGAGUCUGAACAAAGUUUUAUUUUGAAAAAUGGGGGGAUUCUGUCUGUUAGUCUAUGACUCAGUCAUGAUGCAGGUCAGGGUCACCUGAUACGGCAUCGCUAAAAUUAAACGCUCAGGCUUUUCUGGUUCUGUGUCUAACAAACCAGGCUGACCUGCAUAACUUACACUUAGCAACACUGGCUGCUAACUGCCUCAGUGUUUUGGUCAGUUGUAUUUUUCAUGCUCUUUAUAUUUGUAUUUGGGGUGUAUCUUAUUUUGAAGGGAUGUUUAAACGUUACCAUGGUGAUCGCUGCGUUACACCAUAAACGUCCUGUCUUUCCUCUGUGGACGCGAGGAUGAUGCUGAGUCUCUGUGAAGGACAUCAUCCAGCUGUUGGCUCAGUGUGAGAACAAAGAAAAACUCAAAGUAAAAUCGAUGUGAAGAAGCAGAAACGGAUGUUUGAGAGGCUGCUGCAGUUUAUGACAUCAGUCUGAUCCAUGCAGGACCACAACCAGACAGUCUGCACGAUCCACUCACAGUGAUCGUGGUACCUGAUCACGAUCACUGUGAGUGGAUCAUGCACACACAGUGAUCGUGGUACCUGAACUCAGCAUGACUCAGAUGGUCCUGGAGGUUAAACCUGUCCUCCACCAUUGUGUCCAUUCUGAAACAGCAGCAGGUCACAUGUGGAGGGUCACAAUGUUCUGGUUGUUAAUCCUGAUCAGCAGUAUUCAAAGAUUCCUUUUAUGUCUUCAUAUACUGUAAAUAUUAUUUAGCACCCAUGUUCAUGAGUUCCAGCUUUUAUGCCUCAGUGUGUUAAAGUGAGUCUGAACACACCACAUGUCCUUAAGAAGAACUGAAUCACAAGGAGCUGUUUGAAUGCUGCAGAAAGUAAAAACAAUGCUAACAUGUAGCCACAUGUAGCACAUGUGUUUGGCUGUCAGGAGGUCGGUGAGUGACGGAUGUUUGUAAAGGAAUGGUUGAGUUUUUAUCAGGGAAAAACAGAUUUAUUUUUAGACUGGAUGGCCUUUAAAAAAAAACUUAUUUUUCACAUAUUUACAAAUAUGAAUGUAUGGAAGUCUGUGGUUUCUGUGGUUUGCAUGGAAGAUUUUAAUCAUGUCAGCAAAUACUUCAAAUGCUGUAGCAUUUUAAACUGUGGAUACUGCGACUCAAACUGGAUCUGGAGAGCAGUUUGCAAAUGUUUGCAGACAGGUCUGUGACUGCUGGUAACCACGACAACCUGCUAAUGACCAAAUCAAUCACAAGGCGGUCCUCGUUACUGUGCUGGAUACCGCGCUGCUAACCUCCAACAGCUGCUCACUGACUAGUUGUGUAAUACACCCUUUACCUCAGCAACGGUGGUUACCAGGGGGUCACUGACAGGUCUGUAGGUAUGUGUGGGCGGGGCCUAAAGAAAGGCAGUAAAAGGGAAUUGUAGCAAUAAUGUGUUUUUUGUGCAGACCUGUGCUUCAUGUUACCUGUUACUCAAAUUGUUAUAGAAGAUGGGGAGAGUUAUUUGACUGUGGCAAUAAAACAUGACAGUGCUGUGACACAAAGAACAAAUAGUGCCAGGUUAAAUAUUAAAAGAUAUAAUUUAAAAAUCAAACCCUUUAAAUGUAUUUUGUAGAUAAUGAAAUAAAAUGCUGCACAUUCAGACAUGGAAGUUGGAGCUCUGACAGAUAUUUGCAGGAUUCUUCUAUAAACUGUUUUACAUGUUUGUUUGGUUGUUUAUACUUUUAUACCAAAUACAACAAAGAAUAAAAAUU